UAAAAAGAGCAUUAGUUCUGUUGCCACUGGCCACAUCAUACAGUGUGUUGAUUGUGUCGAUGGUCUUUAGCCACUCUGCUGGUUGCUUCAUUGGAGUGUAGCACAGAAUGGAGCUUCCCCAGCUGGAACAUAUGAGGCUACGCAGGUGUGACAGCGCAGCCUCGGUGCCUCAGUUCUGUAACUCUCCCACAAUGAUUGUGAUGGUGGGAUUGCCAGCCAGAGGGAAGACCUACAUCUCCAAGAAGCUCACUCGCUACCUGAACUGGAUCGGAGUACCUACAAAAAUGUUUAACGUGGGCCAGUACCGCAGGGAGGCUGUCAAGAUCUAUAAGAACUUUGAGUUCUUUAAACCAGAUAAUGAGGAGGCCAUGAGGAUCCGCAAGGCCUGUGCAUCUGCCGCCCUCAAGGACGUCGCUGUCUACUUCACAAAGGAACAGGGACAAGUAGCUGUAUUUGAUGCUACCAACACCACCAGGGAGAGGAGGCUGAUCAUUAUUAGUUUUGCUAAAGAGAGGGGAUACAAAGUGUUCUUUGUAGAAUCAAUCUGUGAUGAUCCAGAAAUCAUUGCGGAAAAUAUUAGGCAAGUAAAAUUUGGGAGUCCAGAUUACGUGGAUCGUGACAUAGAGGAGGCCAAUGAGGACUUCAUCCAGCGCAUUGAGUGCUACAAGGCCAGCUACAUGCCUAUAGACGAUGACAAGGACAGGAAGCUCUCUUACAUCAAGAUCUUUGACGUGGGCAGUAGAUACCUGGUGAACCGGGUUCAAGACCACAUUCAGAGCAGGAUAGUCUACUAUCUCAUGAACAUCCAUGUCACACCGAGAUCAAUCUACCUGAGCCGCCACGGAGAGAGCGAACUCAACCUAUUAGGUCGCAUUGGUGGAGAUUCAGGCCUCUCACCUAGAGGACAGAAGUAUGCCAAUGCCUUGGCGGUCUUCAUCAAAGGUCAGAAUAUCAGUGACCUGAAGGUGUGGACGAGCCACAUGAAGAGGACCAUCCAGACUGCAGAAGCUCUGGGAGUCCAGUAUGAACAGUGGAAGGCCCUCAAUGAGAUAGACGCUGGUGUAUGCGAGGAGCUAACCUACGAGGAGAUUCAGGAGAAUUUCCCAGAAGAGUUUGCACUGAGAGACCAGGACAAGUACCGUUAUCGUUACCCCAAGGGUGAGUCCUAUGAGGACCUUGUCCAUCGUCUGGAGCCAGUGAUCAUGGAGCUGGAGAGGCAGGAAAAUGUUCUGGUUGUCUGCCACCAAGCCAUAAUGCGCUGCCUGCUGGCCUACUUUCUAGACAAACCUGCAGAUGAGCUGCCUUAUCUAAGAUGCCCCCUUCACACAGUGCUCAAACUCACACCAGUAGCCUAUGGGUGUAAGGUUGAGCCAUUUUUCCUCAAUAUUGAAGCAGUCAACACACACAGAGAGAGGCCAGUGAAUGUGGACAUCAACAGAAACCCAGAGGAAGCUCUGCAGACAGUCCCUGACCACAUAUAAAUGCUGUUUUUGUGAGAAAAGGACUACUAUCAUCUCAAAACUGGAUGUGUUGCUACUUAUUAACUUCACCUAAUAUUAGAGAUGCACUCCAGUUAAAGGUUGAUUGUGUGAAGACAGAAGACGUGGGGGGCUUUGAGGCGGAAGAAGAUGAGACGGUAGAAGUGGGGCUAAGUUAGCCAGCCUGUAUAUUACAUAAAAAACAUCACUACAUAAGCACACAACCUCCCCCUGCAGUAACUAAAAGCUGCAGCUGUUUUCAACAUGUCUGUGAAAUUCCUGUGUCUUACCUGAGUAGAGUUUGCUUUUCUCGAAAUUUUUAAAGUGUCACAUUGUUUACAAGUUAUUCAAAGAAAAAAAGAAAGAAAUGCACUAUGUCUUGAGGCUGAGAGGAAAACACAUAAAAACAUGUAGGGAGGUUGUUGUUGUGACCUGGGCCUAAAGUGCACAUGUAACUGUUGUACAGAUGACAUAAAGUGUUGUUGAUAAUCUAAUUAUAGAGGUGUGGAUCAGCACCAUGGACAGCACCCAAACAAACAAAGCAUUGUGUUGUAGAUUUGGACCCCUGGCUGUAACGUUUCUAAUGUAGAUAAGACGCACACAUUUAGCCAGGUUUAAAUGAAAUAAUGUAAAUAAAGUAAAGCCUUACAUGUCAUUGUGCAGAAAAUAAACUCAGAAGUCAGAAGACAUACUGGUGA